AAACCCUUUGCUAAUGUUUCUGUCUGAGAGCUCCCAAAGCCAGUGUUCUAGGAGAGUUUGGCGUGUCUGAGCAGCUGAACCAUGAAAUAGCGAAGGAGGGUGGGCAGUGCGGGGGAGGGAGCAAGGCAUUCAGUCAGUGAAAGAGCUCCCCUCUCUGCACACAUGACCAGUUAAUUGGCCAUCCUGGGAAAGUAUGGCUGGGGAGGGAGGUUUCUGAAAAUCGCUGGUGACAGUUAAGUGGCCUUUUGUUGAUGUCCUCUGCUCAACAACUUUGUUGGAUUUCAUUUCUGCUUUUUUCCCCACCUCCUGUGGAUUUUCUGUUAGACUCAUCAUUUACCAUUCAGGCAUCAUCUUUGUCUUUAUCCUUCCAAUAUGGCUGCUUUGUGUGUUGGCCUCUGCUUAAUUCCUACCAUUCUCAGGCUAUAAAGGGGACUGAGUAGGGCUGAGAAACUGACUCUGCUGUGUGUUGAGAACUAGGAUAAUGACUACAGUAGCCUUAAUGUCUAGCAUUGCCUGUCUCAGAAUAAAUGACUACCUGAUGAUAGAGAAAGGGAAUCUUGACUGAAUUCCUUCUCAUACUAUGAUAUAUAUUCCUUUGUUCCCCAUCCACUCUCUUCCCAUUAUCCCCACUGCAAGCAAGUAUUGACCUAAAAUAUAAGUCUGAGAGUUAAUUGAUUAAGAUUAAUUGACUAAGAGUUAAUUCUUUGGAAAUAAUAAUAUUUUUACAUUUCACAGGCUUUGCCAAGCCAAUUCACCCAAGUUGUCUCAUCUAAUAGCCCCCAAAACCCUGUGAGGUAGGGAGGGGAGGUAUUAUUAACCCCUUUGACUAAAAAGUAAGCUGAGAUGUAGAGUGAUUAGGUCAGCUGCCCCAGAUCUUUGAGACAGGAAUUGAGCACUCGGUUCUGUCUCUAAGCACAACAGUCUUACAAUGGCGCCCACACCUGCCGGGUCCACCGGCCUUUAGGUGUUGUGCUCUCCUGAGGCAUAGGCCAUGCCUGUGCAUGAGGAAAACCCUUGAAGCUCGCCUGGAGGAAGAAGCAUGCAGGACACUCCUGGAGAUGGGACAGGCCCUGGGCUGCUCUCUGUGGACCAGCGAACACUCCUGGUCUGCUGCUUUAUCUUGGCAGCAGCUAUGGGCCAGAUGAAUUUCACAGGAGACCAGGUUCUUCGAAUCCUGGCCAAAGAUGAGAAGGAACUUUCACUUCUCAGGGAUUUGGAGGGCCUGAAGCCACAAAAGGUGGACUUCUGGCGUGGCCCCGCCAGGCCCAGUCUCCCUGUGGACAUGAGAGUUCCUUUCUCUGAGCUUAGAGAUGUCAAAGCUUACCUGGAUUCUCACGGCCUUGCUUACAACAUCAUGAUAAAGGACAUCCAGGUGCUGCUGGAUGAGGAGAGAGAAGCCAUGGCAAAAUCUCGCCGGCUGGAGCGUAGUACCAGCAGCUUCAGUUAUUCCUCUUACCACACCCUGGAUGAGAUAUAUAGCUGGAUUGACAACCUUGUAACUGAGUAUUCAGAUAUUGUCUCAAAAAUUCAUAUUGGCAACAGUUUUGAAAAUCGAUCCAUUCUUGUCCUGAAGUUUAGCACUGGAGGUUCCCAGCGCCCAGCCAUCUGGAUUGAUACUGGCAUUCACUCCCGGGAGUGGAUCACCCAUGCCACUGGUAUCUGGAUUGCCAAAAAGAUUGUCAGUGAAUACGGCAAAGACUGCAUCCUGACAGACACACUGAAAGCCAUGGACAUCUUCAUAGAGCUAGUCACCAACCCUGAUGGGUUUGCUUUCACCCACAGCAUGAACCGCUUGUGGCGGAAGAACAAGUCUAGCAGACCUGGAAUCUUCUGCAUUGGUGUGGACCUCAACAGGAAUUGGAAGUCAGGCUUUGGAGGAAAUGGUUCUAACAACAACCCCUGCUCAGAGACGUAUCGUGGGCCCUUCCCUCAGUCAGAGCCAGAGGUGGCCGCCAUUGUGGACUUCAUCACAGUCCAUGGGAACUUCAAGGCUCUGAUCUCCAUCCACAGCUACUCUCAGAUGCUCAUGUACCCUUAUGGCCACUCACUGGAACCUGUUUUAAACCAGAAGGAGUUGUACGACCUCGCCCAGGAGGCAGUGAAGGCCCUGCGUAAAGUCAAUGGGAUCGAAUACAUUUUUGGCAGCAUCAGCACCACCCUCUAUGUGGCCAGUGGGAUCACAGUGGACUGGGCCUAUGACAUGGGCAUCAAGUACGCCUUCAGCUUUGAGCUCCGGGACACCGGGCGCUAUGGCUUCCUGCUGCCGGCCAGUCAGAUCGUCCCCACAGCCCAAGAGACAUGGAUGGCGAUUCGGACCAUCAUGAAGCACACCCUGAAUCACCCCUACUAGCAACACAGAGGGGGAGGGCGGUCCCUCCUCAAGGGCCUGGGGCUUCUCCAGAAACUCAAGUUAUAUAUCCUGGACCUCUACCCUUGCCGGAAACCUUGGAAAAUAUACAUGUUCC